GACUUCUAGAAGGAAAGUAACCUCCUGCAUUCUGAGUUCCAGCUUUUGGUCACCCAGGCCUCUACUUGUUCCUGGGGAUUACACUUGAGUCUUAGUGGAUUAGCUGAGACAGAUUAAAGUGGUCAUCCUCAGCCUGCUAAUCCAGCCAUCUGUCAGAAAACAGCCUGCUGUUUCGAGCUUGUUCUUUUCCCUUGAAUGUUAAUUAGAGGACUUAACACAGACACAUACAGCACACUUACUUAUUCAGACUUUCACACUGAGUGCUUCCCAGAGUCUACUCUGUUUCAAAGUUUUAAAAAUGGAGGAAACAUAUCUAUUUAACCAUCCUGGAGUGAAAAAGGUUAUUCUGCAUGGUGGCCAGGGUCCUCUACCUCACUUUCCAAACGGUACUAAGUUGGUGUUCCAUUUCCAGACGCUACUGGACAAUUUUGAGAGGACAGUGAUCGAUGACAGUCGCAAAAACAAGCAGCCAACAGAGAUUUUUGUUGGGAAAAUGUUCAAGAUGGAGGUGUGGGAGGUGCUGUUAACCUCCAUGAGGGUUGACGAGGUUGCAGAGUUCUGGUGUGAUGCUAUUCACACAGGUCUCUAUCCCAUGGUUGCUAAAGGGAUACGUUUGGCUGCACAGGGCAAAGACCCACUGGAAGGCCAGAAGCACAUGUGUGGUAUGGGCAAUGUGUUCACCUACCAUUCCACAGGUUUCGCUGAACUCGAUGAGCUGAUGAGGGAGCCACAGCCUCUAAUCUUCAUCAUGGAGCUAAUUUCGGUAGGUGAGCCAUUCUCCUACCUUCGUGAGUCUUGGCUUAUGGAGAAGGAUGAGAAGAUGCAACUUGUGCCCACCCUUCACCGUCAAGGCAACACACUUGUCCAGGAAAAAUGUUACCAUGAAGCAUCUGAGAAAUACAAGGAGGCUGUGCUGCUGUUACGCACCGUCCAGUCAAGGGAGAUGCCAGGAGAUGAUGACUAUAUUAAGCUGAGCAAGCUUAUUAUCCCGCUGGUCCUCAACUACUGCCAGUGCAUGCUAGAACUGGAAGAAUACUAUGAAGUAAUAGAGCACACCACAGAACUCAUCGAGAAGCAUAAGGACUGUGUGAAGGCGUACUAUAAGCGUGCCAAAGCAUAUGCUGCUGUCUGGAGUGAGAAGGAGGCAAAACGGGACUUCCUGAUGGUGGCCAACCUGGACAUGAGUCUGGCUAGGCUGGUUCAGAGAGAACUGAAGCUCCUCUCAGAAGCAAUGAAAGAGAAAUACUGGGAAGACAAAGAGAAAUACUGGAACAUAUUUGAGAAGAAAAAGAGGAAUGAGGAUGAAAAGAAUACUAAGGAGAAACAAGAGGAAGGAUGUGCAGCAAAGCAAGAUGAAAACAUUUAUCUGAAUGAGAAAGUGCAGUGUUCUCAGCCAAAGGUCCAAGAGGAGCAGAAGUUUGAAAGUGCAGAGGCAAACACACAAAAUAGGCAAUUGGAUGAACCAAAAUCAGAAGUUGAUCAGCAAAUUGCUGCUCCAAUGGAGGGUAUGGACCGGCAGCAGUUGUUAAGGCUGAUUAUGCUGCUCCAGGAUGAAGGGAAUUUCUAUAUUAAAGAGCAGCACUUUGCAGAGGCCAUGGUGAAAUUUAAAAAUGCCCUGGAGUAUGUAGACUAUCUUCAAACCAAGGAGAUAGACUAUAAAGGAGAGGACUGGGAGUCCCUGGAGAAAGUACGCCUGCCACUCACCCUCAACCUGAGCCAGUGCAAGUUUGAGCUUGGAGAAUACCAAGAGGUGGUGAAACUCAACAGUCAACUACUAGAAAAUCAUAAAGACAACCUAAAAGCCAUCUAUCAGCGUGCUCGCGCCUAUGCAGCCCUGUACAAUGAGGACAAAGCCAGACAGGAUUUCUUCAGAGCAGAGCACCUUGACUCCAAGCUCAAACCCAUUGUUGAGCAGGAACUAAAGAAGCUAGGUGAGAAUCUUCGGGCCAAGUAUGUAAAUGAGAACAAGAACUACUGGGCCAGCAGCCAAGAGAAAUGGGAAAAGAAGGCCCAAGCCAAGAGAGCCAACAAGAAAGUGUUGAAAUUGACUGACAAGAGAAAAGCCACCAAAGAGAGCUAUGAUGAAGGACAAGAAAUUAAGAUAGGCAUCUCUAAUAAAGGAGGGGAGAAUUCACUCAGCCAGGCAGGCAAUGAAAAAAGACAGGAUAUAAAGACAAACAUUAUGAAUAAAGAGCACACAAGCUCUCUGCCUCCAAAGGAGGGGAAAUGUUGAGCCUGUAAAUAAAGAGGGAUAUUCAGCAACAGCAAAGGUGGGGAAAGAAAAUACAGACAGAACAACAAGACUGGAGACAAUUAGUCAGAUUAAGGAAAACUCUCACGCAACUGCACCAAAAAAAGCUGUUAAAAGCACAGGUUCCAAACAGAACACUGAUGACUCGAAUAGCACCAACCCCCAAAUGGAGCUGAUGAACACAGCAGAUGUUUGAACUAGGUGCUGCAGAGCACACAGGGGUUCUAUGUUCUGAAACACUGACACAACCCAAUGAUUGGCCUGAAUGUGGUGAGACCAAGAAAGGCAGAUAACACAGGUAACAAUACACAGAGGAAAACUGUAUCCUAAAGAUGCAUCCACUAUAGCUAGAGUCCAGAAAUUCUAAACACAAGUCAAAACGGUAGAAUGAACACAAGCAUAUUCCUAAAUUAAUUCAUAAACAUACAGAAAUCAGCCAUAACAUUAAACUCACUGAAAGGUAAAGUGAAUAACAUUGAUUAUCUCAUUACAAUAGUACCUGACAAGGGGUAGGAUAUAUUAGGCAGCAAGUGAACAGUUGGUUCUCAAAGUUGAUGUGUUGGAAGCAGGAAAAAUGGGAAAGUAAGGAUCUGAGCGACUUUGACAAGGGGCAAAUUGUGGUUGGUAAACGACUGGGUCAGAGCAUCUCCAAAAUGGCUAUGCAAUGGUUAGUACCUACCAAAAGUGGUUCCAAGAAGGACAACCUGUGAACCAGUGACAGGGUCAUGGGCACCCAAGGCUCAUUGAUGUAUGUUGAGAGUGAAGGCUAGCCAAUCUGGUCCAAUCUCACAGCACAAAUUGCUGAAAAAAGUUAAUGCUGGCUAUGAUAGAAAGUUGUCAGAACACCGCAGCUUUCGUUGUAUGGGGCUGUGUAGCAUCUGUGGAAUGUGCUGGACAAACAAGUCCGAUCCACGGAGGCCCCACCUCUUAACUUACAUGACAUGAAGGACCUGCUGCUAACGUCUUGGUGCCAGAUACCACAGCAAGACCUCAGAGGUCUUGUGGAGUCCAUUCCUUGACAGGAUAGAGCUGUUUUGGUGGCACAGGGGAGAUCUACACAAUAUUAGGGAGGUGGUUUUAAUGUUAUGGGUGAUCGGUGUAUAUGCUCAGUCAUUUAAAGAACACACAGAACACACGGUGUAUAAGAAAUACAAAUUUAUUUCUCUGUUUACAAUGAGUAGAAAGCAGCCAGUCAUCCAUUCACUUUUUAAAAGUUUUUUGCAAAAACUAUAUUUUAUAAAUUAAUACUAGGCAAAAUGGAAGGCGUAUGUAAUAAUUAAAAAAAAAAAAGUAAUAGUGAUAAACACAUACUGGGAAAAACUGAGAGUAGAAUAUUUGGAGUUAUCAAGUUAACUUAUCUGCAUGAAACAACAUUGUAUUGAUGUAAUUAAUGCUACAGGUUCACAGAUUAAGCAAAUGUCCUGCAUUUUGAAAGCAAAAAACAAA